GUCUAGAACCUGCGCAGCAACAAUAACUAUCAAGCACUUCUCAGCUGCAGGUCACAGAUCCUCCAACAGGACGAAAACCAAAACCACAUAAUUAGAAACAUUCAGUCAUGGCUCAGACCCAAAUAUCGGAGUAUUCUGAAGAACUCUGAUCUAAAUCGUAUUGAACAUGUGCGGAAGGAGUUAAGUACUUAAUGGUGUGUUCUGUGUUGAUAUGAGGGAGGGGGUGCCCAAUCCCAGCCUCUUCCAUGCACAGGCCUCCUCCAAUGACGCAGUCCAAUGGAGAGUAAGUGAGUGACAGCCGCCUUCAUAUACUCCCGACUCCCCGCUCCAAAGUCACUCACAAGUCACACACGUUUAUCUGUGGAGUCCACGCAGCAAAAGGGGAAAAACAUGUCCACCGACCAGAAGAAGCAGGCGGGCUCCAGCAGCAGAAACAGCAGCCGCGGCGGCGGCAGCAGUUUGCCGAAGCUUAGUGGAGGAAGCGCGAGUGCGGUUGGCGUCAGCCUCGCCGUCCUCCUGGUUCUCGCCACGGUUCCUCUCAUUCACAGUGCUCCGGUAGAACCUUGGCAAGCCACCGUUGACCAGAGGCAGCCUCUCAGCCAGGCAUCUGACAUCUUGGGGAAAAUUUGCUUCUUAAUGCUGGUCCAGAAGUCCAAGGAGCUGAAAGGACAAGAAAAUAACAGAAAGGGCCCGGCAUUGCAGCCAUUCCUCCAUUUGGUGUCCGUUCUGCACAACCGGCCACAGAGAGGACACUCAAUGCAAUUAAGUACCACCGCUAAAAGAAAUAAAUAA